CUCCCCGCGGGCCGCGCUCGCCCCCCUCCGCCUCAGACUGUUUUGGUAGCAACGGCCACGGCAGCGGCGCGUCUCUGCCCGGCUCCCCGCGGCUCCUCGGCUUCGGCGGGCCUCCCCGCCCCUUGGUCGUCCUCCUCCUGCCCCUCGCCCCCCCGGCUGCGCCGCCCCGCGCCGCCCCGCUCGGCGCCCGCGCGUCCUCGCCGCGCUCCGGCGUCGUCUCGGCGCGCCCGGCCCCCGGCUUUCCCCGCCCGGCGUGCGAGCCGGUGCAUGGGCCGCUCGCCAUGUCGCUGAAGCCCCAGCAGCAGCAGCCGCCGCAGCAGCCGCCGCCGCCACCGCCGCCCGCGGCCGCCAGUGCCCGCAAGCCCGGCGGCGGUCCCGGCCUCCUCACGUCGCCCGCCGCCGCGCCGGCCCCGUCCUCGGUCUCCUCGUCCUCGGCCGCGGCCUCCACGUCCUCCUCCUCCGCGGCGGUCGGCGCAGGCGGAGGGCGGCCCGGCUUGGGCAGAGGUCGAAAUAGUAACAAAGGACUGCCUCAGUCAUCGAUCUCUUUUGACGGAAUCUAUGCAAAUAUGCGGAUGGUUCAUAUACUUACAUCAGUUGUUGGAUCCAAAUGUGAAGUACAAGUGAAGAACGGAGGUAUAUAUGAAGGAGUUUUUAAAACAUACAGUCCCAAGUGUGAUUUGGUACUUGAUGCUGCACAUGAGAAAAGUACAGAAUCCAGUUCGGGGCCAAAACGUGAAGAAAUAAUGGAGAGUAUUUUGUUCAAAUGUUCAGAUUUUGUUGUGGUACAGUUUAAAGAUAUGGACUCCAGUUAUGCAAGAAGAGAUGCUUUCACUGACUCUGCUAUCAGUGCUAAAGUGAAUGGUGAACACAAGGAAAAGGACCUGGAACCCUGGGAUGGUGGGGAGCUCACAGCCAGUGAGGACCUGGAGGCUUUGGAAAAUGAUGUUUCUAAUGGGUGGGACCCCAAUGAUAUGUUUCGAUACAAUGAAGAAAAUUAUGGUGUGGUGUCUACGUAUGACAGCAGUUUAUCUUCAUACACGGUGCCUCUAGAAAGGGAUAAUUCAGAAGAAUUUUUAAAAAGGGAAGCAAGGGCAAACCAGUUAGCAGAAGAAAUUGAGUCUAGUGCUCAGUAUAAAGCUCGUGUGGCUCUGGAAAAUGAUGACAGGAGUGAGGAAGAAAAAUAUACAGCAGUUCAGAGAAACUCCAGUGACCGAGAGGGGCACAGCAUGAAUACCAGGGAAAAUAAAUAUAUUCCUCCUGGACAAAGAAAUAGAGAAGUCUUGUCGUGGGGAAGUGGGAGACAGAAUUCGCCACGCAUGGGCCAGCCUGGUUCAGGCUCCAUGCCGUCCAGAUCUGCUUCUCACACCUCAGAGUUCAACCCAAGUUCUGGCGCAGACCAAAGAGUAGUUAAUGGAGGUGUUCCCUGGCCAUCGCCUUGCCCAUCUCCUUCCUCUCGCCCACCUUCUCGCUACCAGUCAGGUCCCACCUCUCUUCCACCUCGGGCAGCCACCCCUACACGGCCGCCCUCCAGGCCCCCCUCGCGGCCAUCCAGACCCCCGUCUCACCCCUCUGCUCAUGGUUCUCCAGCUCCUGUCUCUACUAUGCCUAAACGCAUGUCUUCAGAAGGGCCUCCCAGGAUGUCUCCGAAGGCCCAGCGACACCCCCGAAACCACAGAGUUUCUGCUGGGAGGGCCUCCAUAGCCAGCGGCCUAGAAUUUGUAUCCCACAACCCACCCAGUGAAGCAGCAGCUCCUCCCGUGGCCAGGACCAGUCCAGCUGGGGGAACGUGGUCGUCAGUGGUCAGUGGGGUUCCAAGAUUAUCUCCAAAAACUCACAGACCCAGGUCUCCCCGACAGAACAGUGUUGGAAAUCCUCCCAGUGGGCCUGUGCUCACUUCUCCCCAAGCUGGCACCACCCCAGCCGAAGCAGUUGCCAUGCCCAUUCCUGCUGCGUCUCCUACACCUGCCAGCCCCGCCGCCAAUAGAGCUGGGACCCCAUCUGCUGAGGCUAAAGAUUCCAGGCUUCAAGAUCAGAGACAGAACUCUCCAGCAAGGAAUAAAGAAAACAUGAAGGCUGUAGAGACAGCGCCUAGCUUCUCAAAAGCUGAAAAUAAAGGUAUAUCACCAGUUGUUUCUGAACACAGGAAACAGAUUGAUGAUUUAAAGAAGUUUAAGAAUGAUUUUAGGUUACAGCCAAGUUCCACAUCGGAGUCAAUGGAUCAACUACUAAACAAAAAUAGAGAGGGAGAAAAACCAAGGGAUUUGCUCAAAGACAAAAUUGAACCCAUUUGUAAGGACUCUUUCAUUGAAAAUAGCAGCAGCAACUGUACCAGCGGCAGCAGCAAGCCUAGCAGCCCCAGCGCCUCCCCUUCUAUCCUCAGCAGUGCAGAGCACAGGAGGGGGCCAGAGGUUACCUCCCAAGGGGUGCAGACUUCCAGUCCAGCAUGUAAACAAGAAAAAGAUGAUAAGGACGAGAAGAAAGAUGCAGCCGAGCAAGUUAGGAAAUCUACAUUGAAUCCCAAUGCAAAGGAGUUCAACCCUCGAUCCUUUUCUCAGCCAAAGCCUUCUACCACCCCAACUUCACCUCGACCUCAAGCACAACCUAGCCCCUCUAUGGUGGGCCAUCAACAGCCAACUCCAGUUUAUACCCAGCCUGUUUGUUUUGCACCAAACAUGAUGUAUCCAGUCCCUGUGAGUCCGGGUGUGCAACCUUUAUACCCAAUACCCAUGACGCCCAUGCCAGUGAAUCAAGCCAAGACCUAUAGAGCAGGUAAAGUACCAAACAUGCCCCAACAACGACAGGACCAGCAUCAUCAGAGCACCAUGAUGCAUCCGGCCUCGGCGGCAGGCCCGCCCAUCGUGGCCACCCCGCCAGCCUACUCCACUCAGUAUGUGGCCUACAGCCCUCAGCAGUUUCCAAAUCAGCCCCUUGUUCAGCACGUGCCACAUUACCAGUCUCAGCACCCUCAUGUCUAUAGUCCUGUACUACAGGGUAAUGCUAGGAUGAUGGCACCACCAACACAUGCACAGCCUGGUUUAGUGUCGUCUUCAGCAACUCAGUACGGGGCUCAUGAGCAGACGCAUGCCAUGUAUGUGUGUCUCAGCAAGGCAAAAAUUACUUGUGCAGAAGAGUGCACCAUCGGCCAGAAACUUGCAUGUCCCAAAUUACCGUACAACAAGGAGACAAGCCCUUCUUUCUACUUUGCCAUUUCCACAGGCUCCCUCGCUCAGCAGUAUGCGCACCCCAGCGCUACCCUGCACCCCCAUCCUCCACACCCUCAGCCCUCAGCCACCCCUACGGGACAGCAGCAGAGCCAGCAUGGCGGAAGUCACCCAGCACCCAGUCCUGUUCAGCAUCAUCAGCACCAGGCCGCCCAGGCUCUCCACCUGGCCAGUCCACAGCAACAGCCAGCCAUUUACCAUGCAGGGCUGGCGCCCACCCCACCUGCCAUGACACCGGCCUCCAACACACAGUCGCCACAGAACAGUUUCCCAACAGCACAACAGACGGUGUUCACCAUCCAUCCCUCUCACGUCCAGCCGGCAUACACCAAUCCACCACACAUGGCCCACGUACCUCAGGCUCAUGUACAGUCAGGAAUGGUUCCUUCUCAUCCAACUGCCCAUGCGCCAAUGAUGCUAAUGACGACACAGCCACCUGGCGGUCCCCAGGCCGCCCUCGCUCAAAGUGCACUACAGCCCAUUCCAGUCUCGACAACAGCGCAUUUCCCCUAUAUGACGCACCCUUCAGUGCAAGCCCACCACCAGCAGCUGUAAGGCUGCCCUGGAGGACCCGAAAGGCCAAAUCCCCUCCUCCCUUCUACUGCUUCUUCCCACCGGAAGCACGGAAAACUAGAAUCUCACUUAUUUUGGUUUUUAAAAAAUAUACGUUGAUUUCUUGUAACAUCCAA